AGUUGAAUUUAGGGUUAUUUUGUGAUAGGUGGUAAAAGUGUUAUUACAGAUUUCAGAUUACAAAAUGAGUUCCGGAGGGACCCGCGUAUACGUCGGCGGACUCGUCGAAGGCAUCAAGAAAGAAGACCUUGAAAGGGAAUUUGACAAAUACGGCAAACUGAACUCAGUCUGGGUGGCACUAAAUCCCCCUGGUUUUGCAUUCAUAGAAUUUGAAAACAUGCAGGAGGCGGAAGAUGCGUGUAGUGCUAUGAACGGUUUCGAGAUGUUAGGCGCGACGCUAAAAGUAGAGUUAUCGAGAAAACGUGACGGUGCGCGUAGAAGUGGUAAUUUCCGAGGCGGGCGCGGUGGCGGCGGUGGUAACUUUAGAGGGCGCUCGUUCGAUGGCCGAGGAGGUGGUAACAGAUCUUUCAACUCUUAUGGAGGAGGUCGCCCCUACAAUCGAAACGGUCAAGGUUAUGGUUCCGGUAACGGCGGCGGUGGUGGUGGCAACUUCAGAUCUCGGUCACCCAUCUCACGGUUUUAAUUUAGUUCUAGAUAUUUAAUUAGGUAUUAGUGUUAUCGUAAUCUGAAGCCUUCCAAGUGUUAUAAUUCAAUGUUUGUUAACACUAGCGGGUUUAAUACUCGGAAGAGUUCUUGCAAUGUCUCUGGAAUUAAAGAUGCCAUGGGAUUUACUAUCUCGAGUCAAAUAAUUCAUUGAGAAGAAUUUAUGAACAAUCUUCAGUAAAUAUUUAACAUUUUACCUAAAUAAUUAUUGCUAAGUUUCCUUUAUAAUAAUUAAAAGAUAUUAUAUUACUUC